UUAAUUCCCACCAUCUCCCUCUCUCUCUCCGCAAGAAUUUCGUAGCCACUUUGUAGCACGCCGGUUUGAUUUUUCUCUACUUUGGUAAAGCCCUCAAGACUCUUGAGGUAAUAUAUACUAUACUAUAUACUAUACGUAUUUAAUUCACAUAAAUCUUCUUCUUUGUUACGAAAAAUCCUUUUAACAUUAUUUCAAUUAUUUAUUCCUUUUCAUUCAUCAUUCUUUAAAUUAACUAUCAUUAUUGGUUAAUUGAUUAUUGUAGUCAAUGAGAUGCAAUCAUGUCUAUUUUUGCAUUAUCAGUAUCAAUUUGAAUUAAGUAAUAACAUUAUUGUGUUGUCAUCAUUUGAUUUUGAAGUUAACAUUGAUUGAUUAGUUUAAUCUUUCAUCUGUGUUUGAUUUUCAGGUAUUUACGGAAGGUGGGGUUUGACUUUUUUGCUAAGAAAAAAUAUAGGGUGUUUGUCAAGUUUCUGUUACAUCUUUGUAACAAACAAACACUACAUGUUUGUUUUGUUUUGAUUCAGAUUUUGGUUGUUUUAACAUUGAAUGGAAUUGGAUCUUUUGUCUCAGAUCAAUUCAAUUUUACCUCUUUUUGAUUGGUUUGAAUGUUUCUCUCAUAUUAUGUGGGAAAAAAUGUUCACUUUUGUGCCCUUUUAGUGUUUGUUGAAAGGUCUGAACUAAACUAGUAUUAGGGGAGAACAUUGUUUUGAGAAUUGAGAACUACCCUUUUGGUUUUGAGUCUUGUUCUUGGAUAGUGGAUAAGUAAAGUUUCAUUUUUUUUUUCAUAGAUACAAGGUUGGUGUGUUGUCUUUUGAAAGUGUUGUUCUGAUGGAUGAAAGUAGUAAUUCUUGGAUAAGGAGGACAAAAUUCUCUCACACAGUUUGUCACCGAUUGGAUUAUUCGAAAGUAGGCUCUUUCGUUAUUCAGCCUGAUGCAGUGCCGAAUUCAGGUCUGAAAUCAAGGGCGGUAUCAUCAGCGUCGGCAACAGCAAUAGCAGCAUCAGUACCUCCUGUUGUUUCUAAGGUAACAAAGGUUCAGAAGCAUCCUUUAACAAAUAAGCUGAGAUCUUUGUCUCCUUUGCCUGAGAGUUCUCUCUCUGAAACUUUUAAGGAAGCGAAGCAUGAACAGAAGAGGUUCUCAACCCCAGGUCCAAGGAGGAAGGAGCAGGAUACGAGAAUCAUGGGGAAGCUACUGAACAAGGAUUCUCAUGUGUCCAAGUCUAAAUUUCCUCAUAAAAGUCCAACUAAGCACUUUGCAUCGAUGAAAUUCAGUGACAAGUCGAAGAAAAGCAAGGACUCAGGAUGGACAAAGUAUUUUGACAACAGUGCAGGAAAGGUUACUGCUGUCGAAACAGCCGAGGAAUGGAAUGUUGACCUAUCUAAGCUCUUUGUUGGUCUUAGGUUUGCUUAUGGGGCUAACAGUAGGCUUUACCAUGGUAUGUAUGAGGAUGCACCUGUUGCUGUGAAAAUUAUUAGGGUACCUGAUGACGACGAAAACGGAAUGCUGGCUGCUAGAUUAGAGAAACAAUUUAUCACAGAAGUCACCCUUUUAUCUCGCCUCCACCAUCCAAAUGUUCUUAAGUUCGUAGCAGCAUGCAGAAAGCCACCUGUUUAUUGUGUUAUCACAGAAUAUCUACCGGAAGGUUCCUUGAGGUCAUAUUUGCAUAAGUUGGAAGGAAAACCCAUUUCUCUACAAAAGCUAAUUGCUUUUUCUCUGGAUAUUGCUCAUGGAAUGCAAUAUAUACACUCUCAAGGUGUCAUUCAUCGAGACCUUAAACCAGAGAAUGUUCUUAUUAAUGAAGACUUUCACCUUAAAAUUGCUGAUUUUGGCAUUGCUUGUGAGGAAGCAUACUGUGACUUACUUGCUGAUGACCCUGGUACCUACCGCUGGAUGGCACCUGAGAUGAUCAAACGGAAACACUAUGGGAGAAAAGUUGAUGUGUAUGGUUUUGGCCUUAUCUUAUGGGAAAUGCUUACUGGUACAUUACCAUAUGAGGAUAUGACUCCCAUCCAGGCUGCUUUUGCUGUCGUAAAUAAGAAUUCAAGGCCUGUUAUUCCUUCAAACUGCCAACCUGCUAUGCGAGCUUUAAUUGAGCAAUGUUGGUCCUUGCAUCCGGACAAAAGGCCUGAGUUUUGGCAGAUUGUUAAGGUAUUAGAGCAAUUUGAAUCUUCGCUUGCUCGUGAUGGAACAUUGACCCUGCAGCAAAACCCGUUGUGCCAAGAUCAUAAAAAGGGACUUCUUCAUUGGAUUCACAAGCUUGGUCCUGGACAUCAUCAUAGUGGUCCUGUGGCUAAACCAAAAUUUACAUGAAUCUGCAAGUGGCCUGACUUUUGUAGUACACUAGGUCCAUUGUAAUUAAUAUUGAAUGGUUUAAAUCCCAACCUCCUUCAUAAAAAGGCUGUUUUAGGUUCUGUCUUUAGUUCUCUUUAUAACAUUCAUAUGAUAGUAAAAUUGAUAUGUAGGCUUUGUACAUUGAGGUGAAAGCAUAUUUUAGUUUCUCGGCCGUGCAGAUAACUGAUGAAUGAUGAUAAAGUUAUUGCGUGGUAGUAGUAGUUUUUUUGGGGCAACAGUUAUUUGUUUUUAUUUGUUAUAUAAUCCUAUAAGUUACUUUGUCUUUUUUAUCCAAUGUUAAAAUUUUGAUUCUGUA